CAAUUGGCAACUUCAAAUUGAACGUCACGUCGAAUUUGAUGUCAACGGUAAUUCCUCGUUUCGUAGCUGCUUUUUAAAACAAUAAUUAAGAAAUUUACCGUCAGAUAAUUUACGUAAAUACAUUAAUAUUCUUAUAAACAAUGGAGCCGAUGACAUUAGGUAGUCCUACACAUUCACCGUCAGGAAGUCCAAAUGUAGGUUAUUUACCUCCUUUUCUUUUGGGCGAAAUAAAUCCACCGACAACUCCAAGGACCAACAGCUUGUCUCCUACAAAAGGCCGAAGCCUGGCGUUCGGCUCACCAACAAGCCCAUCAAAGACAUCAACACCUGACCAGAAAGUGUACCGGCAAAAUGUGUCCAUGCACCAGCAAGCUCUAUACAAUCAGCAGAACAUGUACUCCAACAUGCCACCCACAUCCCCUAACAUCUCUUAUUCCAGCAAACCGAAUGGCCCCCCCAUAGAAGACUUGUUUGAUACCAUUAAGAGCAACGAACCAUCCAUAAACAAAUCAUUGUUCAACGACCACAGUUUUAUAGGCUAUGGAAACAAUUCAAUGCUUCAGAACUCUUAUUCUGCAGUACCACAAUGGCAGGACAUAUGCCAGGAGCAGGAUGAGUACUGGGUGACCGUUUUUGGCUUCCCUCCCAAUGCUGCUAAUACCGUUUUGGCAAGGUUUAGUAACUGUGGUGCUAUAUUAGAUAAGCAAUACCCAACACAAGGCAACUGGGCGCACAUCAGAUAUGCAACAAGAGCUGAGAAGGAAAGAGCAAUGGCUCUGAGUGGGCGGUUAGUGUUGCCUGGAGUGAUGGUGGGCGUGGUUGAGUGCAAGGAACCACCCAAAAUAUCUGUCAAUAAUUCUGCGAUUGCGUCUCCAGAGAGACAUGCAACAACAGCCAGAUCCCUGUGUCCCACGCCGAUGCCGUCGGCGCCAGUGCCCCAGAGAUCCAGCGGGCUGAUCUCCAAAGCAUUAGACUACGUGUUAGGAUGGUGACAGUACAUACUGUCAUUUUAUGACAAUGAUUAUUUCCUUUUAUUUCACAAUUGAUUUGUUAUAUCAUGCUGUAUUGUUUUAAAUACAGUUUCCAACAUUUGCAGGUUUCUUUUUAAUAUUCCUGUGUUAGCUUUAAUUUGUGGUGAAAGCAGACACUUAUGUGCUUUUUUAAGGUGAAAUUUAGGGAAUAUUUUGUUUACAUUGCAUGAAUAUUAUAAUAUGUAUAAAGAAAUGUACUUGUAAACCUAUUUAAAGUAUAAUAUUGUAAUAUUGGAUAGAUUCCAUAACUAUAAUAUGUAUAAAUAAUAAUCGUGUUCGAGAUCUUGUAAGAACUAAACAAAACUUGUGUAAAUAUGCACAAAAUUAUAAUAAUUCCUCAUGUUUAUUACUAGAUAUUUCAUUGUAAAAUUGCAUCUCUUUUAUUCAUAAUAAAAUUAUCAAAAAAUUCUA